GCUUUUGUGAAUCAUCACAAAAUAGCAUCAAUUCUGUCAUGGAAUGUGCAGGGAGUUGAUAACUUUGGUAUGUGAUCCCAAAACCUUAUUGCGCUUAUUUAGGGAUCAUGUUUAAACUGAAUCUCACAUCACCAGCAAUACCCGUGGACUAACUAUACUGGUAUGCCUGCAGACAACUUGAUCAGUGGUCUCACUGAUGUGGUAACAUUUAAUGGGGAUGUCAGCAUGUGGGAUGUUAGUGGAGUAACUUCCAUGCAGGAAGUCUUCCAUGGGGCUAAGGCUUUCAAUGUGCCACUGAACAAUUGGGUGGUUUCAAGGGUAACAUCCUUGGCUGCAGCCUUUUCAGGUGCCAAUGCCUUCAACAGUGAUUUGGAUUCCUGGGAUACAAGCAGUGUCACUACUCUCGCUGGCACCUUUAACUACGCGAACUCCUUCAACGGUGACAUCAGUACCUGGGAUACAAGCAAAGUUACAGACAUGAGCUCCCUUUUUGUUGGGUGCAGCUCUUUCAAUGGAGAUGUCAGUUCAUGGGAUACAAGCAGUGUCACUACCAUGAAGAGGAUGUUUAUGUUCUGCACAGUAUUUAAUUCUGACAUUAGCGGUUGGGAUGUCAGGCAGGUGACUGCUAUGGAUAAUGCCUUUCGAUGGAAUGAAGCGUUCAAUGCUGAUCUAUCAAGUUGGGAUAUAUCGGCUGUAACCAACUAUGGGAGUAUGUUCAAUGGUGCUACUAUGUUUAACCAGGAUCUAUGUGGUUGGGGUGACAAGGUAGCUGGCAGCAUCUCCUCGAGUGGCAUGUUUUUUGGUACUCCUUGUCCUAGCACUGCAAGCCCUGAGUUGACUGCAUCUCCCAAAGGUCCCUUUUGUCAUGCUUGUCCACCACCCUAA